UAUAGUGUGACCAGAUCGCUGGAGGCGUACCUGCUAUGAUUGUUUGGUUACAUCAUGUUCAACAACACCCAUGGCAACUCCGUCGACAGGAUCCUACUUCCGUACGCACGAGAGAUUGCGGAUGCAGAGGAUGACUUACCGCCCUACAGCUGGGGUUCGGCGGUAUUGGCGGCCACCUACCAUGGACUCUGCGACGGGUGCAGCAAGACAGAUGGUGAGGCUAUUUUCUCGGGGUGCCCACUCCUGCUUCAGCUUUGGUCGUACGAGAGGAUAGCGGUUGGUCGCCCUAUCGUGAGCCAGGAGCCAUACCACGACAUCUUGUACGGCGACGACGAGGAGGGUUGGCCCACGAUGGGUACCCUCUGGAACUGGCGUCAGAGAUCUUGGGCGCAUGCCCAGAUUAGGCGCGCAUAUCCUGAGUUCGUGUCGGAGCUGGAUAUGCUGACGCCAGAGAAUAUUAUAUGGGAGCCAUACACCCUAGAGGCGGUGGCGAGACGUGCACCUUUAGGCCUGUCUCCACACUACUCUGCGAAUGCGGGCAUGUGGCUUACUACAACUGUCCUUAUUUACGACAUCGCGGUUGAGGCGCAUUGCCCGCACAGGGUCAUGAGACAGUUUGGACAGCGACAGGAGGUUGUCGAGGAGUGGCAUGCCGUGCUCAGCCGUUUGGCUCACCACGAUGCAACCGUGGUUGGAGCAAUGGGACGAUGCAGAUGA